GUAUGACAACUUCAGGCUUCAAAUCGUCUCUGUAACCAAAACAUGUAGUCUCGAUUCACCGCGUGAAAAAUACUCCAACAUUUUUGGUCUUCCGGAUACGAAAUUUUCAAGUGUGUGCUCGGUAAUGCGGUUUCUAGGGAUCCCAAGAAGAAACGAUACUGCAUAAAACUGCCGUUCGACUUAAAAAGUCAAGCCGAAAUGGAAGAAGCGGCCGAAGCCGCCGAGCCUGGGAAGAGAGAGCGCGGAGAGGGCGCGAAACGAUGGCAUCACUUCCAGCUCAUAUCGCCGGGCCGGGCGAUCCUCCGAGGCGCUCGCUCGACGGAGGACCAGCGCUUCAAGGCGCGGAGCCGAGGUCGACAGGCGAGCGCCGCCGCGGCAGUGGCCCUGGUCUGCGCGCAGCUGCUCGAGCCGCGCAAGUGGACCGGAGGCUUCGUCGACCGCGUCCUCGACUACGGCGACCGGCUGUUCCGCAUGAGCCAGACGAGGGCCAGAUUGGCCAGCGGCGAGUACAUGACGAGCGGCCUGCUGCACGACGAGUUCUUCGUCGGGGACUACAAGUGCAGGAUCUGCGUCGAGUCCGGCCUGGUCUUUGGGAAUCUCCGAAGCGAGGCGGUUGGGGCGCCUUGUUUGAGCGACGGCCUCGAGGCCUUCUUGACGAUGGAGUCGCGCAACUUCGGAGUUGUCACCUCUCAAGGAACAUCCGUCGCAGUCUGGAGCCAAGCAGCCGGCGACGGCUUCUUCUACUUCGACCCGGCUCCCUCGGAUGAGCGGGGCAAACGCAGUCGGCCCGGCCGCGCCUGCUUGAUGCGAUUCCAGGAGCUCGACGGCAUUCCCGAGGUCUUCCUGUCGAGCCUCGAUCGCAAAUUCGACUCCCGCUACUGCAUCGACAAGGUCAGCCUGGUCAGGGUGAAGCCCGUCGGCCGCGGCCGGUACCAGAGCCAGGACGCGGCCGACCUCGCGAUCGACGAGCAGCUCCUGCGGUCCAUCGAGCCCGUCGACGAUCCCCGGGACUGCGAGCCGGACCACGCGGCGGAAGCUCCCUCGGGCGCGCGUCGCCCCGUCGAGAAGCUGCCGCUGAGUAUCGAGCUCGCGAACCACGCCGUCCAGGCCAAGCUCGCGACGGAGCCGCUGGCGGAGCAGGAGAUCGCGGACGAGAGGUACGCGUACGAGGAUGUCAAGGUCAACGUGCCCACGGCGUUCGCUCCCCUGGCGGGCCGCGGCGCCGACGCGACGCUCAUCCUGCACGGCUGGACGCACGAGGGCAGCGACGCUUACAAGGCCAAGGGCGCCCAGAGCUCGGCCAACUGCGUCGUGGCGAUAGGCAUGAAGAAGGCUCGGCCCGUGAGGAGCUGGCUGAGAAAGAGCCUCGACGAGGUGCUCGCCACGGGAGACGCGAUCUUCGCGCAAGUCAGAGCCGCCAAACCGAGCGUCAAGGCUGUGACCGCGGCGGACCUGGACGGCGCGCGGUUCGAGAUCGACGAGCGAAGGAUGAUACUGAACGUGGACCUGCUGACGCUCGUCGGCACUAUAACCUCGAAAGAUCCAGCGGUGCUGAGCCUGAAACGGGGCCUGGAGGAGUUCUUCGCGCAGCACGCAGACGGCGUGCUCGAGUGCUCGUCAGCGGCAGUCGCCAUAUGGACGCAGGACGACUAUUUCUAUCUGUUCGACCCCAAGUCCUGCGACGCGUCCGGCUUGCGCGUGCUCGGGCACAAGUCGGGUAAGAAGGCCAAGGCCGAGGCAGCGGGCCAGGAGAAAAGGGCGACCGGCAAGUGCUGCGUCAUCAGGUUCCCGAGGCUGAGCUCGCUGCGCGGCCACUUUCUGAGGAACCUCGACGCGGCGAGAUGGAACGACCGCUUCACGAUCCGCCGGGUCGAGGUCGUUGACGACGCGCCGGGAGUCCGCGACUGGAACUCCUUCCGGCCAGCUGUCGCUGGCAAGAGCUGGAUUCUUCGCGGCAGCCUGAACAGCGAGGACGAGCGCUUCGAGGACCACAGCCGCGGAGUUCAGGGGCUCGCGAUGCCCGUCGCAGCUCUGCUCUCGGCCAAGACCAUCGCGCCGGCCAACUGGACUCGGGAGGACGUCGACGACGUCGUUCGAGAAGGCGACGCCUACUACAACUGGUGCAUUCCGCCACCAGCUGGCGAUGAGGUUGACGACGGGCAAAAGGUGCUGACUCUGAGGAAUCUGAGGAAAAGUCUCUAUCACAAAAAGCGCAAGGCGGUCAUCGCCAUCGAGGAAUCCUGCGUCGUCGGCGAGUUGCGCUCUUCCGGCGACUCGGACUCGCCGGGCCUGGAGCGCGGAAUGAGGCAGUUCUUCGAGAAUCGCCGCCUCGGCCUCGUGGAGGCCGGCGAGGGCGGAGGGCGCUACUUCGCAAUCUGGAAAUUCGAGGAAGAACUCGGGAGCAAAGGCAGAGAGGCUGCCUACUACUUGUUCCUCGACAAUCCCGGCGAGCGGCUCGCGCAGCUGAUCGAGCCGGCAGCCGGCGCCAGAGCCGGUUCGCCGGCCUGCGCGUUGCGAUUCCUCGAUCCCAGCGAGAUCGCCAGCGCAUUGGGCGAGCUGCUGCGGAGCGAGGAGGGGAACGGCAGAGCCGAUUUCUCCGUCCACCAAGUCCAAGUGACGAGCCUCAGCGAACCCAUGACCGACGAAGAGCUCGAGAGGGAGAGGGCGCUGCCGAUCAGACCCGAGCUGAACAAUUACUCGGCCUUGGGCGAAAGCGGCGCCUUCCUGGCGGGAAGCUUCGCCCAGGGCGACGAGGCCCUCUUCAAGAAGGAGAGCAGAGACAGGCAGCAAGCGGCGAGCGCUCUCGUCGCUCUGGCGACGACGAAACUGUUCGAUCCUCACCUCUGGUAUCCUCAAGUGCUCGACGACAUUCUGAAGAUGGCCGACAAGCUCACCGGCGAGAACGCGGGGAACAUUCCGGAGGCCGAGGACGAGGAUCAUCCCGCGGAGAGCGCCAUCAGGGAUUACUUGCUGCCGAGCGAGGUGGUCGAGCGUGAAUUUUUCAUCGGCCGCAAUGAGAUAGCCGUCGACGUCGAAGAGGAGGCUGCCGCGGGCCAACUCGCCGAGUUGGCAAAAACGUUGCAGGACUUUUUCAGCGGCAACAGAAUGGGAGUUUUCAGAUACGGCCAGGUCAUGCUGCCGAUCUGGCGAGAAGGCAGUGUGUUUUUCGCGAUGGAUCCGAGAGGGAGGCAAAGCAGCGGCACCGCGGCUGUUCACUGGUACAUCGAUCUGCAGUCGUUGAGCGAACUCUUGCUCGAGGCGUCGGGCUCACACGCGGACGGAGGCUUCGCCAUCGACAGCGUCACGGUAGAGAAUAGAUACACCGAAAGUGAGCGACCUGCCGAAGAUUUCAUAACGGACGAUCGAUGGUACAAUUUUGCCAAGCUCUCCGAAGGACACUGGAAAAUCGACUGCAAUGUCUCCUUGGCCGACGCAACGUUCGCCGAAGGAAAUCGGGGGAGGCAAAGUGCGGCUGUUUGCCUCAUGGCAAUCGUUUUCUCAAAAGUCUACGAGCCCCGUCAUUGGUCGGCUGAAGUUUUGGACGAAGCCACGAUAACUGGGGACAAAUUGCACUCGCGCAGCGCGCUUCGCCUCGGGGAGAACAAGUCCUUUCGGCCCAAUGAGAUAAUCAGCGAAUUCUUCCUGGCUGAUCGCAGAAUAAGUCUGAGAGUUCACGACUGCGUAGAGGCUGGAACACUCGGCGGCAAAAAUCCGAAAAUUCAGAAUAUAAGCAGUGGGCUUUCGAGAUUUCUCGACAAGUCCGUCGCCGGCUGCGUGAGCAUAGCCAGCAUAGCCAGAUCUACCAACGUGGCCAUCUGGAUGCACGACGAUUUCUGCUAUUGCUUCGAGCCUGGGGUGUCUCUGGCGAGGUUGGAGAACGCAUCUUUGCUGGCCGAUCAGCUGCUCUCGUACGGGGAGAGGGAAAGUGAUUUCGAAAUAACGAGUGUAGCCGUUGUUGACGGGGACAAGCUGCCGCCGUGGAAGCUCGAUCCCAGCCCAGCAGUGAGACCAUCGAACCUUCCACCUCUCAAUGCCUACUGCAAAUUGCCAGGAAGAGCCAGAGCUAUUUUGCGAGGAUUUACUCACCAAGCGUCAGAUAUAUUCAGCGAGAGUAUCAGGGGACGUCAGACGGCAGCCAAUUGCAUCAUCGGCCUUGCCAUGGCUGUGAUAAAAAAUCCGACAUCUUGGACUAGAAGGACUCUCGACGAAAUCCUGACGAUCGGCGUGAACGUGCACCGUGAAAGUCAAAAACAUACCACAAAGUCGAGCACAUUGAGACCGAAGGAUAUUGUCAGAAUAUUUAACAUCGGCGUCACCGUUCUUGCCGCCGAUGUCGAAGAAAAAACGAUCGCCGGAAUCGUUGCCGAUGCUCCUGCGGUGCCCGAUGAAAAAGGCAAAAGAGGGAGCAGCAGAAAGGCCUCGAAAAGGAAGUCCUCGGCGAAAGAUAAGAAAAAAGGAAAGACUAAACGAGUUCCUGCGACGUCGCCGCCGCCGCCGCCGCCUACCAUUUUUUUGCGCGAAGGACUUCAUAAAUUCUUCGAGAAUAACAAUGCCGGAGUUCUAGUAACUGGACGUUUUAUGGUGGCCGUAUGGAAAGAUAAUGGAGUGUAUUUUAUGUAUGACCCGAGGCCGAGGAACGACCAAGGAUUAAACGACGACGACGAGGACCAGAGCAGCCAGGGAGCGUCGUGUGUGGCUUGGUUCGCUUGCAUGGAACCGCUGUACGAGCUGAUAUUCGCGAAUAUCAACGACGACGAAAAAUACGCGAAUUUCGAAAUAGGCCGAGUGAUCGUCAGGACCGUAUCCAUCGAGCCCCUGCCUUGUCCAGCUGGAUAUGCGGCAGUCAACGAAAGCGCCAGAGCUCAGGCGAGCGAGGCGGACUGCCCGAUGCCGCCAAUCCGACCCGCUGCGCCUCUUCUGCUGGAGCAGCCACGCGCGACGAGCGUGGAUCUCGAAAGCUGCUUCGAGCGAGUCGGCGAGGAGCUCGGCGUCCUGCUCGCAUCGAGCCACAUGUCGUGCCGCACCUACCCCUCCGAGAACCGCGGUCUUCAGAGCUGUGCGAUAUCCGCCGUCGCGAUCGUCGUCUCGAGUCUGCACGCUCCGUCCAGCUGGACUCCCGAGCUCCUCGACGCCUGCCUCAAGUACGGAGACCUCCUGCACACCGAGUGCGUGCGGCUAGCCCAGCCGGGAUCGCGCAACCUUUCGCCGAGCGAGCUGCUCCGAGCUUUCGUCGUCGGCGACGUCAGAGCCAGGAUCUGUCUACGCGAGAACCUCAUGGCCGGGCUGAGCUUGGAGCACGACUUGGCCUGCGCGUUGCGGCUUUUCUUCGCCUCCAACGCCUGCGGCAUUCUGCACACGGCGAACUACGCCCUGCCGGUCAUGGAGCACUGGGGCCUAUUCUACGUCCUCGACCCGUCGGCCAGAAAUGGAUUCAAAGGGAACUCCUCUGACGGAGUCGCCUGUCUAAUCAAGUGCGAGAGCGCGGAGAGACUCGCCAAAACUGUUAUGCGGCUUUUAGCGUUCGAAGAACCCGCGGUCUACACGCUCAACGCCGUGCAAGUCCUGGACUUACACUUCUUCACGAGAUAAGCAUCUACGAAUAAACGGCUAAUAACGACUAAACAUUCGCUUUUGGCGAUUAAGGGGCGGGGACAAAAAGAGACUCUUCAAUGAAACAGAUCAACUACCGACAACGUUCUCAAAUUGCUAAUUUUAUUUAUAGUUUUAUGACACAAAUCACUUUUAGCAUCUACAUGAGUAGGAGUACAAGCUAUACGAGAAUGAAUUUGAUACAGAUCACUUAGCGUAAAUACAAUGUCUCAAUUACAUGCUAUGAACUAGAUACUUAGAAAACACUGUACAACGCAGCCGAAUUGUCGGGCAUACUUUACAUAUAAUACAAGCGCGCCCAAAAGCGAGACAAACACAUUCGAUCAGUCGUUCGUUUCGGGGCGCGCGCUUUUGUUUUUUUGUUUCUCAUAAUCUUCGCCUUUUUCCACUGGCUAUGCAAGGCUUUCAAUUCUCUUUUUUUUAUCUUAUCCAUUUAUUUAUUUAGUUUUCUUUCUUUCCAGCAAUUCUUAAAUUCGCAAUUCGGUCAAAUUACA